AAAAAAAAACAAGAGUUGCGAAUACAGUGUUUUAACUUUUGACUAAAGCUCCGGUGGAAGAUCCGGACUUGAACUGCCAAUCCGCAGUCGUACGCAUUAUAAAUACAAUUGUCAAACGGAUGGGUUGAACCAGUCGAACAGUGAGUGGACUUCCGCAAACAGGACCAGCCGGUGGUAGCAGUUUUGUUGGGGACCAAUUUGGACAUUCUAGUGAAAGAGAUAUUUUCUGUAGUUGUCGGUGGCACGUGCAACUUCCAGAGUUUAAAGAAAAGAGAACAACUGUGUUAAUAUUCGCCAACAAAAGACUACCGAAAAGGAAUAGUCGUUUGUCUUGGUUGACAAGCAGGAUGAUUAAAAUCGUGACUUGCGCAUUGAUUGUAACCGGAUUAAGUGCGACAAAGAUGAGAUUCAAGUGUUGGGGCAGAAGAAGUGAGAUGAAGCUGUCAAAAAUUGCUAUUGUAUUCACGCUGCUCUUCGCCUGCGCGUAUGCAAGCCGCAAUGACAGCAGCAGCCUCGACGCCGUCACGCAGCAUCCACCGGUAAAACAUCGCACGGCACGACUUGUACGCGAGUUCCCCAACUCCGUGGAGCAGCGCCUUCAAAGUAUCGAAUACCCCUCAUACAACAUUCCCAACCCAUACGGUCCCGGAACCUACGCCUUUGGGUAUGAAAUAGAGGAUCCACAAACGGGAAAUGUUCAAUUCAGGGACGAGGAGAAGCUCCAGAAUGGAACUGUUCGUGGCUCGUAUGGGUACAUGCAACCAGAUGGUAGUGUGAUAAUCACACGAUUCUUGGCUGAUUUAUUAGGCUAUCGUGCAACCACCGAAAUAAGACGAGCGGAUGGACAAACAGUCGCUUCCUUCCCUGGCCGAUCACCAAUUACUUACAAUCCAGCGCUCAACCCAGACUACAUUAAUCCUCAAUACAGUGCGGCGAUCCUUAGCCACAUAAAAAACCAACAAUUCAACCCAAACCAAGGGCUAAUUCAAUAUCCUAAUGGAAUUCCUCCGACAACGCCCUUCCCCUUACAAGACUAUCCGAUCAAUCCUACAGGUCCACUUCCAUACGAUGCUCCAAUGAACGGAAACAUUUUCUCCAAUUUUUUCAACCAGUUCCCUUCCAAUUUGAUACCAUCCAAUAUCUACAACAAUCUGCACUCUACCUUUCCGAACAUAAUUCCUCAACAAAAUCCACUGAACACGUUUGCAACCAACAUUCAGAAUGGUAUACAGCAGUUCACGCAAAACAACCCUCUGGGGAACUUUGUUAGCAAUGCUCAGACUCAGUUCCAGCAAAACAACCCAUUUGCCAACUGGUUCAACGGAAAUCGCUUUGGUCAACAGCAGCAGCAACAACAACAGAUUCAACAGUCUCCACAACUGUUUCUGCAAUCACAACAGCAACAAUCUCUUCCUGGAGUGGGCUUCUCCGGGUUGACCGGACUGGGCGCUUCAAACUACCUUCAGAACCAUAGAAUUCCGACCACGAAGCGUCGACGGAUCAUUGGGACCACCAAGCGAAGGAAGCACGGUCUGAAGACCAGGGACGAUACCGACGCCGAUGAUUGGUUGGAGGAGUUUUUGGAAAGCCGAAAACGAGAGAUGAUCUAUGGGCUGACGACGACGACCGUCACACCAAAAACAGUGCUGAACGAGGUGGACGUUGGAGGCAACAAAGUGCCUGCUUGAAGCGAUGUGGGUUGAUGGCGACGUUUGUGGAUAAGAUUAUUUAUUGAUGCGUAUUAAUUUAUUUAUUAUUUAUUGAAGCGUGGAAUGAUCGAAAUAAAGGCGAAAAUUGAUAGUACUUACAGGAAA